UUAUGGGAAAACUUUGAAUAAAAAUACUAAAUUCAUGGGAAUUCUCUUCUUCCUCGCCUUUUCUUCUUCUUCCUCUCUCUGAGAUUUUUUUCCUUUGACGAAGGAAAACUAUGUUCAUUUGGUUAUGGAGCUUUGUGCUGGAGGGAAGCUAUUCCACAAGUUAAAGAAGCAACGAAGAUUCUCUGAGUGUGCAGCAAGGGUUUUCAAUGUCAAAAAUAGAAAAGGAGAAUCUACUCUUCCUUUCUUUCUUUUUUAAUUAAAUAAAAAAUCAUACACACCUGCCAGUCCAGGAAAACAAGCCUAACAGCUUCGUGAACAGACAACAAACCUUUGGGCAUUUUCCAAUUACUUUCUAAUUUCUCAAUUCUAAUCUGCCAUGGCCACCAAUGGUGCUUCUCCAUUGAGGUCCCUUCUCUCUCUCUCUCUCCCUCUAUUUGUUAAUUUAUUACUGUAAAUUUUAAUUGUGAUGUUAGCAGAGGCCUGGGGAUGCCGAGUGUAGCUUGUAGAAAAUCAAGCGGCAGCUAGCUUCGGGUUCUGGUCGGAAUUUGCUGCAGGGUUCACUUCAUAAGCGCUCCGAGAUGCUUAGAAAAUGGAAUGAGCGAUGGGUGAUCUUGAAUCCGACUACAGGGAAAAUGGAAUACAACUUUGCGUUCUUCAGCCUCGGUUCUGUUGUCGAGAAAGCAAAUUAUAUGGAAGAGGUAUCAGCCAACACAUCCAGAGUAGAAGCAAUACAUGAAGAGGCAAGCUUGGGAAAAUUGCUCUGUCAGAUUCAAGGCCUGGCCAUGGAAAAGAAAAGGAGGAGAAGAAGAAGAAAGACAAAGAGAGAGACAAAGACAAGAAACGGAAGCGGGAAGACCAUAAAGGGCACAAGGACGAUCCUGAGUACUUGGAUAAGAAGCGCCUGAAGAAGAAGAAGAAGAAAAAGGAAAAGGAGAUGGCAGCCAAGACCUCUUCUUUGCAUGAGCAAGCCAAGGUAUCUUCUGCAAUGGAAUGGACAAAUAAGAAUGAGGAACUUAAGAUCAAAUCAUUAACUGUUGAAGUAAAACCAAUUGUAUCUAGUGGAUCCAAAUUAGUGAUCCCAGCAGCAACAAGGGUUGAGACUAAGCCUGAGGCCUCAACACAAGGCACUGCUUAAUAAAAAUAAAAAGCAAAACACUCACCAAAUCAUAGUGCAUGCUUCCCUGUAAAACCAAAAAGCCAUCGGAUCUCGAAUUUCCCUUUGAUAUUUAUUAUAAGGUAACAUAUGUUAAUCAGUUACCAAUAA